AUGGGGUACCGGCUGUGGGGGUUUCUCUUCACCUGGAUCUUAGUGCCGUUUGUCUGUCACCUGGCCUCCACCCAAGGAGCUCCUGAAGAUGUGGACGUCCUCCAGCGGCUCGGCCUCAGCUGGACAAAGGCAGGGGGUGGCCGGAACCCCCCGCCCCCAGGGGUCAUUCCAUUCCAAUCAGGCUUCAUCUUCACGCAGCGGGCCCGGCUCCAGGCCCCCACGGCUGCCGUCGUUCCUGCCUCCCUGGGCACCGAGCUGGCUCUGGUGCUGAGCCUCUGCUCCCACCGGGUGAACCAUGCCUUCCUCUUCGCCGUCCGCAGCCGGAAACACAAGCUGCAGCUGGGCCUGCAGUUUCUCCCCGGCCAGACGGUCCUCCACCUGGGGCCCCGGCGCUCGGUGGCCUUUGACCUCGACGUGCACGACGGGCGCUGGCAUCACCUAGCUCUGGAGCUCCGUGGCCGCACGGUCACCCUGGUGACGGCCUGCGGGCAGCGCCGGGUGCCUGUCCCACUGCCUUUCCAUAAGGACCCAGCCCUCGACCCCGAGGGCUCCUUCCUCUUUGGGAAGAUGAACCCGCACGCGGUCCAGUUUGAAGGUGCCCUAUGCCAGUUCAGUAUCUACCCUGUGACACAGGUGGCUCCCAAUUACUGUGCCCACCUGAGAAAGCAGUGUGGACAGGCCGACACGUACCGGCCCCGGCUGGGACCCCUCCUUCCCCCAGACCCUGGCACAACCUUCACCUUCCAGACCACCCUUGCCCUUCGAGGCCUGGAGAACCUGACCACUGCCGCGCCAGCCCUGGGGGCACGGCCGGCAAGCAGGGACCCCAGGGGAACGGCGGUGCCCUCCACACCCGCCGAGCCCCUCAGGACUAGCGUCACAGACUCUCACUGGCAAGCUGCAGCCGGGGGCCCAGUGCGGACCCCGCCGUCACCUGCGAGGUUGCCAGCCAGUGAGGUGCCCCCAGCCCCCCGAGCCGGCGCCACCACACCUGUCCAGCCAUUGCAGAAGAGCACCGCUGCUGGGAGCCCCAGAAGUCACCCAGCUAAGCUUUCGGCCCCUCCCCCUUCAAGAGGCCCUGUCCAAAGGCCCCGCCCCACCCAGAAGACUGCUCAGCCUCCCUUCACCAAGUCAGCCCCCACCAAGAAGCUCGUGCCAUCUACUUCUCGCCCAGUUCCUGCCAAAGCUUCCCGGCCCUCCAUGAAGCCAAUCCCACGGACCCCCGUAACACCCAGGCCUCCGCUGUCCAGCGCUCAGCCCCUGUUUCUGGCCAUAGGCUCCUCCAAAAAGCCUUUCUCCCCAGGGGGCCAGAACGAGGCCACAAUGAGUGGGCAUGCCAGGGAGCCAGCCACUGCCCGUGCCAGCACCUCCAGGCCUCCACAGCCCACAGUUCUGUCCCUGUCCCCCGGCCCCCGGCCCGGCUCUACCAGGACUGCUCCACCGCCAGCCACAUCCUUGCCUCCUGCCCUUGUUCCUGGCUCAGCCACCACCAAAACCAAGACACCCUCUGGAUCAGAAGCCACGCAGAAAGCCAGACCCAAGAGCAAGGCCCGGAAGCCCGUCCCCCUCAGACCUGGGAAGGCAGCCAGGGAUGUCCCGUUGAAUGAUCCGACACCCCGGCCCAGCCCCAGACAGUCCCGGCCCAGCCGACCCACCACCUCGGCCCCGGCACUGGCCCCGGCGCACUUUCUGUCCUCCAGUCCCUGGCCCACAAUUCACAGCUAUUCAUUCCUCCACCUGGCCGCACCCACGCCUUUCCCGCUGCUGAUGGGACCUCCAGGGCCCAAGGGAGACUGUGGUUUGCCGGGCCCCCCUGGGCUGCCUGGGCUCCCUGGACCCCCUGGUGCACGGGGGCCUCGGGGUCCUCCUGGGCCUUAUGGGAACCCAGGCCUCCCCGGCCCUCCUGGGGCCAAAGGACAGAAAGGGGACCCAGGGCUCUCACCAGGAAAGGCCCACGAUGGGGCAAAGGGCGACGUGGGCCUGCCUGGGCUCUCCGGGGACCCAGGACCUCUUGGACGAAAGGGACACAAGGGCUAUCCUGGACCGGCAGGGCACCCUGGAGAACAGGGGCAGCCAGGACCUGAGGGCAGCCCAGGGGCCAAAGGUUACCCUGGCAGGCAGGGGCUACCCGGACCGGUAGGAGACCCUGGCCCCAAAGGCAGCCGGGGCUACAUUGGACUCCCAGGGCUCUUCGGCCUGCCCGGGUCUGAUGGAGAGCGAGGCCUGCCUGGUGUUCCUGGCAAGAGGGGCAAGAUGGGUAGGCCGGGCGCCGAGCUCAUUCCUUGGGCCUCGGGCCAGGCUGCUGCAGCCAGGGGCUCAGGCCUGCGGAGGAAGGUCCCAGGGCUGGCGGGCCGGGACUGCGUGCGCUCCAUGCACAAGGAGGGAGAGCUGGGCCUGCCAGGGCCCCGAGGAGUCCCCGGCCUCAUUGGCGACAUGGGAGCACUGGGUCCGAUUGGCUAUCCAGGACCCAAAGGCGUGAAGGGACUGAUGGGGAACGUGGGGGAACCCGGACUGAAAGGUGAUAAGGGCGAACAAGGGGUCCCAGGUGUGUCAGGAGAUACUGGAUUCCAAGGAGACAAGGGGAGCCAGGGAUUGCCAGGGUUCCCAGGCGCCCGGGGGAAGCCAGGGCCUCUGGGCAAAGUUGGAGACAAGGGAUCCCUUGGGUUUCCUGGGCCUCCUGGUCCUGAGGGAUUCCCCGGAGACAUUGGCCCCCCUGGGGACAACGGCCCAGAAGGCAUGAAGGGUAAGCCUGGAGCGCGAGGCCUGCCGGGACCCCGUGGGCAGCUGGGGCCCGAGGGAGAUGAGGGACCCAUGGGGCCACCUGGGGCCCCUGGCUUAGAGGGCCAACCUGGCAGGAAGGGGUUUCCUGGUAGGCCGGGCCCAGAUGGCAUGAAGGGAGAACCAGGUGACCCUGGACGGCCAGGGCCCAUGGGUGAGCAGGGACUUCUGGGAUUCAUUGGUCUGGUCGGGGAGCCAGGGAUCGUGGGAGAAAAGGGUGACCGGGGCAUGAUGGGACCCCCAGGCGCACCCGGACCCAAGGGAUCGAUGGGUCAUCCUGGAAUCCCUGGAGCUGUUGGGAACCCUGGAGAGCCCGGGCUCCCGGGUCCUCCAGGAUCUCGAGGCCCACCAGGCAUGCGGGGACCAAAAGGAUGCCGGGGCCCCCGAGGACCAGAUGGACCAGCCGGGGAGCAGGGGUCCAGGGGCCCGAAGGGCCCUUCAGGACCUCAGGGCAGACCGGGCCAGCCCGGGCAGCAGGGUGCGGCCGGUGAGCGAGGAAACUCGGGCGUGCGAGGCUUCCCCGGUGUCCCGGGACCCUCAGGCCCCCCGGGCACCAAAGGCCUCCCAGGAGAACCGGGCCCUCAGGGACCCCAGGGGCCACUUGGCCCUCCUGGAGAGAUGGGACCCAAGGGACCACCUGGUGCAGUGGGAGAGCCGGGCCUUCCUGGGGAAGCCGGGAUGAAGGGUGACCUUGGGCCUCUGGGCACCCCUGGGGAGCAGGGCCUCGUUGGGCAGCGGGGAGAGCUGGGCCUCGAGGGUGACAGCGGCCCUGCAGGGCCCGAUGGGGCGAAGGGGGACAGGGGUGACCCUGGGCCUGAUGGUGAACGUGGCGACAAGGGCCAGGAGGGACGGAAGGGCGAGGAUGGGCCCCUCGGCCCUCCCGGUGUCCCUGGCAUCCGGGGUCCAGAAGGAAACCCAGGGAAGCAAGGCGAGAAGGGCCGGACAGGAGCCAAGGGUGCCAAGGGCUACCAAGGACAGCUGGGUGACAUGGGCGUCCCUGGAGACCCUGGACCCCCCGGCACCCCAGGCCCUAAGGGGUCCCGGGGCAGCCUGGGACCAACGGGAGCCCCAGGACGGAUGGGGGCCCAAGGAGAACCAGGACUGGCUGGCUAUGAUGGACACAAAGGCGUCAUGGGCCCCCUCGGACCUCCGGGACCAAAGGGCGAAAAGGGAGAGCAGGGCGAGGACGGCAAGGCCGAGGGGCCCCCUGGGCCACCUGGAGAUCGGGGCCCUGUAGGUGAUCGAGGAGACCGUGGGGAGCCGGGGGACCCUGGAUACCCUGGACAGGAGGGUGUGCAAGGCCUCCGUGGAGACCCAGGCCAACAGGGCCUACCUGGGCAUCCAGGACCCCGGGGACGGCCAGGACCCAAAGGAUCGAAAGGGGAUAAGGGACCAAAGGGAAAGCAAGGCAAGGCGGGGGCACCUGGACGAAGGGGAAUUCAGGGCCUGCAGGGGCUGCCCGGGCCUCGGGGUGUGGUAGGGAGACAGGGCCCCGAGGGUGUGGCUGGACCCGACGGAUUUCCUGGCCGGGAUGGUCAAGCAGGACAGCAGGGGGAACAGGGAGAUGACGGGGACCCUGGCCCCAUGGGCCCUGCUGGGAAGAGAGGAAAUCCAGGUGUGGCUGGCUUGCCUGGAGCACAGGGGCCCCCAGGAUUCAAGGGUGAAAGUGGAUUGCCUGGGCAGCUGGGUCCCCCUGGCAAACGAGGGACAGCGGGGGGAACUGGGCUUCCUGGGAGCCAGGGGGCGCCUGGAUCCAAAGGCCAGCCGGGUGACUCUGGAGAGAUGGGCUUCCCAGGAAUGGCCGGCCUCUUUGGACCCAAGGGUCCCCCAGGAGACAUCGGCUUGAAAGGGAUCCAGGGCCCUCGGGGAUCCCCCGGCUUGAUGGGAAAGGAAGGCAUCAUUGGGCCCCUCGGAAUCCUGGGACCUUCGGGACACCCGGGCCCAAAGGGUGACAAAGGCAGCCGAGGGGACUUGGGAUUGCAAGGUCCGAGGGGUCCUCCUGGCCCCAGAGGCCGGCCUGGCCCACCGGGUCCUCCAGGAAGCCCUAUCCACUUUCAGCAAGAUGACCUUGGAGCAGCUUUCCGGACGUGGAUGGACACAGAUGGAGCACUGAAAGCAGAGGGUUAUAGCCAUCCAGACCGGCUGGUGCUGGACCAGGGAGGGGAGAUCUUUAAAACCUUACACUACCUCAGCAACCUCAUCCAGAGCAUUAAGACGCCCCUGGGCACCAAAGAGAACCCAGCCCGGGUCUGCCGAGACCUCAUGGACUGUGAGCAGAAGAUGGUGGACGGUACCUACUGGGUGGACCCAAACCUUGGCUGCUCAUCCGACACCAUCGAAGUUUCCUGCAACUUCACACAUGGUGGACAAACGUGUCUCAAGCCUAUCACGGCCUCCAAGGUCGAGUUUGCCAUCAGCCGGGUCCAGAUGAACUUUCUGCACCUGCUCAGCUCUGAGGUGACACAGCAUAUCACCAUCCACUGCCUUAACAUGACCGUGUGGCAGGAGGGCACGGGGCGAGCCCCAGCCAAGAGGGCCGUGCGCUUCCGGGCGUGGAACGGGCAGAUCUUUGAAGCAGGUGGUCAGUUCAGGCCGGAAGUGUCCGUGGACGGCUGCAAGGUCCAGGAUGGCCGCUGGCAUCAGACACUUUUCACCUUCCGGACCCAGGACCCGCAGCAGCUGCCCAUCGUUGGCGUGGACAACCUCCCUCCUGCCUCAUCAGGAAAGCAGUACCGCCUUGAAGUUGGACCUGCAUGCUUCCUCUGACCUCUGACCUCCUGGCUCCUCGAGGCCUGGAGGAAGAGGAGGCAAAGGAAGGCUCCCUCGGGGCAGGGGCCCAGGAGAGACAGCUCGCCUGCCCAGGGCCCCAGCUGUCGCCUGCCCAGUAAAAAUGGCUGGGGGGUCGUGUAGCAGGGAACAGUGUAUCCUUGGGACCAACGGAUCCCAGCACAGCCCCGAAGACCGACCAAAGAGCCAGCCAGAGCGAGCUGGGCCUGCACCCCGCUCUGUCUCCCAGCUCUGCCCUGCCCAGCUUCCUGCCCAAAGAGCCCCACCGGCCCAGCCAUCUUGAGGGGCGGGGGCGUCUUGCCAGCUGGUCCCUGCCAGGGAGCUUUGAUGUGCAAUAUUAGAGAGGAGACAUGAAAAAAGGAGAAAAGGAAAGAAAGAAGUCUAUAUAUUUUAUUUAAACAAACAGAGAAGGUGCAUUACUAAUUUUUCACCUAGGAAAGAGGUGAGAGGAGGAGCAGCCAGGGGUGGGAAGGGGCGGAGGCCGAGAGAGGGCAGUGCGACCCUCGGGGCUGGGGGUGCCCACGCUAGCUACCUCCCACUGUGAAAUCGCUGGUGCUCGCUGUCUCAUAGUGUAUGUGAUUUUUUUUUAAGGAAAAAAAGCCUAUUUAAGAUUCUGAAGGUGCUACCAUUUUUGCCACAGACUUUGAAGAACCGUUCAAUGUGGGCUGCCCUCCACAUUUUGCGCUCUCCUCCAAAUGACAAAGUUUGGGGAAUUUAAACGUGUGCCUAGUAUCACCCUUGUGCUCAUCAGGUAAUCGACGAAGCAGGGGGAAGGGGAAGGAAAAAGGAAAAAAAAAAAAAA